AUGACCUCCGUGAUGGACAUGCUGAUGAAGAAUGUGAGUGCGCAGGAGAUGGCGCGAGCCAGGCGGGCCAGCCAGCAGGUGGCGCAAGCUCCGGGGGAGCCUGCCACCAGCGCUGGGCCGCCGGCCGAAGACGACGCUGUCUCUGAGGCCCCACUUGCUUCAGAGAAGGGCGAUGCGAAACUGCCCGCCCUGCCACCGGGUGUCCACCGAUUCAUGAAACAGACCCGGGCAAACCUGGACAAGAGCACCUACCGGAGAUUUCAAGCGGUGCAUUGGGGUGAGGCAAGGGAUGCGGUGGCGAUCGCCUGGAAGGAAGAGGCAGAGAGAAUUCUCUGCGAUUUCGAGUUGAAAUCAUCCAAAGACGCACUUGCCUUCCUGCAGAGCAUGGACUUGUCCGUUGCCUCUUCAGCUACGAUUGAAGCAAAACGCUGUCUCUUGGUGGAGUCGCUGCAGAACGGCCGCAUUCAGCAGGUGGAAGACCGGCUGUGCCUGGUUGCCCUCAAGACACUCGCCCACCUAGAUGAAGUUCCUUCUGGCUUCAAUUUGCGAAGCCGUCCUGACGGCUUCCACGCCGAAUGGAGUGGGAAGAAGGGAAUGCUGCUCAAGGUGCACAAAUCCGCUGCUGCAGCCUGUGCUUUCUUGCAGAGUAUGCAAGCUGCUGAGCAGAGCGGGGCGGUGGAGAAGUCGCUCAAGGAGCUGGAAAAUCAAGGCUCAGCAGCAGGGGAGUCGCAGAAAGCUAUCCGGGCACUGCUGAAGCAUUCGAGCUCGCAAGAACUGGGCCAAGCCGUGCUGGAACUAGCCGAUGCUGAGACUGAGACGCCUGCCGUGCUUGCAACUGCCGAAGACAUUACGGCGGAGUUCCUAGCACCCAUGUCGCAGAUGGGGCCGGAGCUGUGUGUCGCCGAGGUUGGCGUGUACAAGGGAAUGCUGAGGUAUCUGCAUUCUGCGACCGACCCUCGCGGCCUCCUGGCUGCCACUUCCGAUCUUGUCUGCCGGGACUUGAUCUUGAGUUCUGGGACGCCCCUGCGGGACGUGCUGAAGACACCCGAGCUGCAGGAACGCUGGAAGGCUCUCGACGUGAAACCAGUGGGCAUGGUGGUGCAAGGAGGGGCGUCGCCGCAGCAGCAUCACGAAGAUCUGGAGAUCCUGCGCCAGGCAAAUCCGUCCGCCGAGCAGCUGCUGUUUAUGUCCUUCCCCGGGCCUAUUUCAUGGCAGGUGCAAUUCAACAACGGUCUCCAGUGCUGUAGAGCGGAGCCGAACUCCCACGUGGGUCGGAGAGCGGGUAGGACCAGCUUCACAGCAGCCAGACUGGAACAGCUGGGCGUCACGUUCGAGGACGAAGCACGGGCACUGGCACUGAGGGCCAUCCAAGCCACCACGGAAGCAGGGAACAGUCGGCAACAGCGGCUGGAAGCAGGGGCGGCUUACGCACUCCGGAACCUGGCGCUGGAGGCAACAGCCGACCUGGAAUUUCCGGAGUGGCUGGCGCGGCUCGCCCACAACGCCGCCCAGCAGAUGCCUGUGGACGUGCAAGAGCUGCACUGGCUUGCACGUUCGCUGGAGCUGCGGAUACGGUGCACCGUGGACGCAGAGGUGCUGCAGUGGGUUGUCGGCAUCAACGAGGAUGCCAUCUAUGGGGAUUGUACCGACGACACCUAUGAUGUCCAUGUGUACUUCCGCUGUCUCACAGGCGAGGACGGCAGACGAUGCAGCCACUUUGAUCUUCUUCUCCCGUAUUCCGAAGGCGAUGAGCAGAUCGGAAUGGUGAUCCCCGUGCCGCCUACAGUGAAGCCCGCCCCUGUUUGUGAAAUGUACAAUGAUCGGUUUCCUGGCCAGCAGAUGGAACCGAUGAACGACAAGCCUGAGGAGCAGAAUCAGGAGAACGUUUUGCAGGGGGAUGAAGUUGAGACGAUGGCCCCGCAGAUCACGGAGGAGCAGAAGGACAAACAGGCCGAGUCCCAGGAGCAGAGAGGGGAGCAGAUAAAGGAGGGAACGGCCAACAGCGAGUCCCCGGAACAGGGCGAGGAGCCGCCGAUGCCUGCGGAGACCCCGAAGCUACUGACGGAGAAUCGCCAGGAUGAGAAUGCAGAGAAAAAGGAGGAGGACACUGAGACCAAAGGUGAGGCCAAGAACGAGCUCCCGCAGCAGAGGCAGAAUCAGCAGGUGGACAUCCCAGACAAGAAUAAGGAUGAGGCAGGUGAGACCAGUCAUCAGGGGCUUGAACAGCAGCAAGAGCAGGCUGACAAGCAGUUGCAUGAUGAGCAGAGGGAAGUUGAGGAACUGGAGGAAGAGGACAAGGGCGAGGGCGAGGGCGAGGAGAAGGAGCAGGAAGUUGAUGCUGAACAGGAGGAAGAUGAUGAGGGCGAGGAGGAGGAGGAGGAGGAGGAGGAUGAGGAGGAGCAGGAGAAGGAGGAGGAGGAGGAGGAGGAGGAGGAGUCGAGACCUGCCAACAUGGAGACCAUGCUUUCCAUUGGCAAAAUGGAGAUCCUUCAGAGCAUCUUCCAGGGAGAGAAAACGUUGGAGAUCCGCAACCGGCAACUACGGCCUGGCCGCACCUGGGUGUGUCUCAAGGACCGAGUCUACGGCACCGUGGAUGUGGGCAAGCCCUUCCGCAUCUCUGACCCGAAGUUAUGGAAAGCCAGGAAAGCUGACCACUGCGUGCAGAGCAACGUGCCAAUGUACGGAGAGAAGACGUGGGCCAACCCCGUGUCCAACCCUCGUAAGCUCCCAAAGCCUCUUGCCUUUUAUCGCAAACACGGGGCCAUCGGCUCUGUCAAGUACAGGCCAGCGGAGGGAGCCAAGAACAAGAAGGAAGACAAGAAGGGUGAGGAGACGAACGAGGAAGGUGACCAGUCUCAAAGCACCACUUCGGCGUCCGCUCCCAAGAAGUAUGCCGUGGCCACUCUGUCCCGCACCCUCAUGGACAGAGUGCGGGAGGCAGCCAAUCAGAAGCUGAAGAGCUUCGAGCUCCUCACCACCAGCAGAUACACUGCUGGUGGUGAGAUGCUUCUGGUGCAGACCAAGACGGAUAACAAGGUGGCUAUCCAGGCCUCGCUUGUGCAGCACAGGCGGCUGACGACCACCUGGGAGCUCACCAAGGCUGCUGCCUACAAGCAGGCCACGGCACCCGAACAGACGGCGUGGAAAGCCAGGUUGCACCAACACCUGGCCGUCUACAGCUGUCGGCUCAGCAACCUCCGAGCCCCGUCGACAAAUAUACGACUUCGGGGCGGCCACGGCUGCAGGAGGACGGUGGCCGUGGAAUCCGAUGUCGUGGAGGAGGAAGCCACUCCGAAGGCAGAGAUCCCCGCUCUCAGCCUCCGGGACACAGCUCGCUACUUUUUGCAGCGUCUGUCAAAGGGCUGA